AUGGGUUCCCAAAUAUGUACUAGAUUCAUUCACGAAUCAGAAAAUUUAAUGGGUGUUUGCAAUAAAUUUUCAAGUCUAGGUUGUGAUGAUUUGACUGAAUCUCUUUUAGAGGCAAAACUGCAAACACUAGAAGAGGAUUGGCAGUCGCUACGCCGUGCUUAUGAAGGCGUAUAUAUGGCUGAUGACGGAAUCGUCAGCCCAGAUUAUAAAGCGAAUGCUAAAUCCACUUAUGAAGAAUGUAGGGAUAGGUAUCAAGAGACCAAAGCUGAGAUGAUAGAUUUUAUAAAAAUGUCCAAAGCUUCCGCUGAAAACAAUCAAAGAGACAGUGGUCCUUCUCAUUCCUCAGCAUUUGAUCCAUCUAGUUACCAUCCACUAAACAUGACUUAUGAAGCGCCAGAUAUGGGUGUCAACGUUCCACCAUGCGAUGCACCUGACUUUCAUGGUUCCUAUGAAGAGUGGCCUUCAUUUAGAGACAUGUUCAGUGCUGUUUACAUCAGUAAAAUAAGAAUGCCAGACGUACAAAAGUUAUUGUACUUGAGAAGAAAGGCAAAAGGUGAAGCAAGUUCCAUUGUCAAUAAAUAUCCAUUGACCAAUGAAAGUUUUUCGUUAGCAUGGGGUGCUUUACGAGCACGCUACGAAAACAAAAGGGUUCUUGUAGAUAUACAAUUGAACCCUCUAUUCAAUAUUCCACCUGCCAAAACUGAAUCCGCUGAAGCGAUUAAUAAAAUACAAACAACAAUAACUGAUUGUCUGGCAAUGUUGUCUUCUCAUGGCGUACAGGUAGAAAACUGGGAUCCAAUCCUCGUUUACCUUUGUUCGACAAAACUACCUAGUGAGACCCUCGCUCUUUGGGAGCAAUCUCUAACGACGAACUCGAUAUUGCCAUCAUGGUCUCAAAUGGAGCAAUUUCUAAUAAAAAGACACAGAGUAGUAGAAAGAGUAGUAGGAAUACUUAAUGAAGGAAAUCAAAUGAAUUAUAAUUCUAAUAAUUCCAAUAGGCAGAAAAAUAACAAAGCCCUUCGGGUGCCUCAUUGUAAGUUAUGCGACAAAAAUCAUUACUUAAGAUUUUGUCAAAAAUUUUCAAACUUCUCUAAGCAGCAACGAAACGAUUUUGUCACACAGAAUCAAAUCUGCAUUAACUGUUUAUCACCAGUUCAUAAAGUUUCUGAAUGUACAAGUGUAAACAGAUGUGAUCAAUGUGGUAAUAAACAUCACAGCAUGUUACAUUUGAAUAAAAAUGAUAAUCUAAAUUCUCAAAAAAAGAUUACUAAGAAAAAUUCGUCGGUUAACGCUUUCCAUGCGGAUCCGAUAGAUAUUGAGAAUGAAGACACAGAAGAAAGUACUGAUCUCUCAGGAAAUCCAUGCUGUUACAAAUCAACUACAGAUGCAACUAACACUCAAGCCCAUUUAACUGUUAAUCAGGAUGAUAUCUUACUUCCAACUGCGCUUGUUCAAAUUUUGCACUGUGGUGAGCCAUUUACAGUCAGAGCACUGAUAGAUUCUGGUUCAAAAAGAUCAUUUCUGACUAGUAGAAUUUCAAAAAGGCUAAACCUGAUUACGGAAAAUGCAAAUUUCGAAAUCUGCGGCUUGGGUGGUACAGUAGUAGCUAAUGCUAAUAAAGUAAGUUCUAUUACUUUAUACAAUCAAAGGCAUGAAUUCAAGUUAACAACAAAAGUCAUAAUUGUUUCCAAUUUGACAAAUUUCAUGCCUAGCUGUUCAAUAGAAAUUUCUGAUCUCUCCGACAUCAGAGACUUAUGCUUAGCUGAUCCCAAUUUCUUAAUAUCUGCUCAAAUAGAUAUGCUGCUAGGAAGUGACAUAAUUCCUCACAUCAUACUUGAUGGUCUAAAGAAAAACGUUUUAGGUAAUUUGAUUGCUCAGAAUUCUAUUUAUGGCUGGUACAUUUACGGUCCAAUGAAAUUGCACACAAUUUCACUUACGGCUAUAGACAACUUACAAAGCGAAAAUGAAAGUGUUAGCUCAAUAUUAAGAAAGUUCUGGGAAAUAGAGGAAAUUCCGCAAAUAGCUAAUCAAUCAGAAGCAGAUCUCUUUUGCGAAAAUCUAUAUAAAGAGACAACUUCUCGACAGUCCGAUGGUAGAUAUGUAGUUAAACUUCCGUUUAAAAGUGAAUUCCCAGAAUCUGAGUUUUUGCAAGCGUCUCGAUAUUUGGCAAAGAAGCAAUAUUUACAAAUUGAACAAAGGCUUGAAAAACAUGACACGCUUAUGCAAGUUUAUAAUGACAUCUUGAAUGAAUAUAUUUCUCUCGGUCACAUGAGGAAAUCAAAUUCUCAAGAAAUUUGUCAUAAUGGAAAGUUCUUUUCAUAUUAUUUGCCACAUCAUGCGGUUUUUAGACCUGAAAGUGCGUCAACAAAAGUUCGUAUCGUUUUCAACGGAUCACGAAAGACAAAAAGUUCAAGGUCAUUAAAUGACGUUCUCCACGUCGGACCAACCUUACAGGCAGAUUUAAUGACAAUCAUUCUAAAUUGGCGUUUAUAUAAGUAUGUCUUUAAUGGAGACAUUGAGAAAAUGUAUCGCCAAAUAUUAGUUCAUGAAUCAGAUCGUUCGUAUCAAAAGAUUUUGUUUCGGAAAAAUAUUUCAAGUCCAAUUGAAGAUUUUGAGUUGACAACGGUAACUUUCGGUAUAGCAUGUGCACCUUAUUUGGCAAUUAGGACCCUUCUACAAUUAGCAUCAGAUUCUGAAAAAGAUAGUCCUUUAUCUGCAAGAAUUUUGAGAAAAGAGACAUAUGUUGACGACAUAUUGUCCGGAGGCCAUUCAUUGUCAUCGGCAAUGGAAGCUCAAAAACAGCUGAUUGAUACUUUAAAAUCAGCAGGGUUCCCAUUAAAAAAGAUAACGGCAAAUCAUCCAGAUUUGUUGUCUCAGAUAUCAUCUGAUGAUUUAUUGAACACAGAAUUUUUAAAGCUCUAUGAUUCAAGUUCAACAAAAACUUUGGGAAUUCGUUGGAAUGCUAUAAGUGAUUCCUUCACUUAUAAAGUAGAACAAUUAAAUUCGACAUCAUCGGCAACAAAAAGGCAGAUUCUCUCUGCUGUUGCUAAACUUUUCGAUCCCGCAGGAUGGCUUACGCCUAUUAUUAUUCAAGCCAAGAUUCUUUUACAAGAAUUAUGGCAAGACGGGGUCGGUUGGGAUGACGAGGUCAAACCACAAUUUCUUGAUAAAUGGAAAAUAUUUGUUGAUAGUUUCCCUACUAUCGAAUCCAUUGAAAUUCCAAGAUGGAUCCACUACCAUCCUCAAUAUAAUAUCCAAAUACAUGGAUUUUGUGACGCUUCUGAGCAGGCUUAUCGCGCUACACUAUAUGUGGUAUCCGAGAACUCUGGUAUUCGGUAUUCAAAUCUGCUUUCAGCUAAAAGUAAAGUUGCACCAUUGUUUUAG